UGUGUGAUUAUUAUGGUUGUGAAAAGGAAAAUGAGCAAGACAACUGUAGCGAUGGUUUGCUGUGUAAAUGCAAGCAGGGGAUGGAAAGACCUAACCCCCAGGUCCCUGUGUGUGUUGUUCCUGCUGUAAAGUGUCCUGACACCUGCAAUGCAGACAACAAUAAGCAGUGCUUAGUGAAUAACAGCGGCGGGAACCCUGAAUGUGUGUGCCUGUCAGGCUACAAGAAAGAUGAUGAUGGGGUCUGUCAAGAGUGUGCAUUUGGCUACAGCGGAGUCAACUGUGAAGACAAAUUUCAGCUGAUCCUCACUGUUGUGGGCAGCAUUGGCGGUGCCCUCAUUCUUUGCCUGGUGAUUGCAUUGAUCUUCUUAGCAAGCCCAAGGAACAAAAACAAGAAUACUGAAGAACAGAACUUGAUUGAGAAUGACUUUCAAAACCUGAGACUGCAGCAGACGACAGGCUUCACCAAUCUCGGAGCAGAUGGGAGCAUCUUCCCUAAAAUCAGGGCAAAUGUCUCCAGUCAGCCACCGAAUCCCUAUGCACACCAGAGAAGCAUGCCCCGCCCUGACUACUAGGCCUCAAGGCAUAACCCAAUCAGUUUUCUACAGAGAUAAGAAUGGUAAAAAUUGGGGACCAUCCAUGGCCCUUGGCCCAAUGUAGGAGCUUUUCUUUUGAGUGUUUAAAAGACCAAUGGAGAAGUGAGCAGCCAGGAGGAUCUGGCCUUUGGAAUUCCUCUGCCACCCAGGACCCAGCCUCUCUGGAUAAAGUUGUGACUGCUUUCAAGGAAUGCUGCCUGUUUGCUAAGUACCUAGGAAAUUAAAUGCAUAUAGAUGCUAUUAGCAUUGCUAAGAUAGUUGAUUUUGUCCAAUCAGUACAGUGGUUAGGUUUCUGGUUUUGUUUUUUUUUUCCUGGUGGGGCAACAGUAACCAUUUCCAAUCUAGAGGAAAGCCCCCCAGGAUUGUUGACUCCUGGGAGAAUGUUGCUUUGAGUUGAUAGCCUACAGAUCUGUAACCUAAUUCUGAGAGACUCUUACGCACCAGCUAUGGCGGUCCAGGGCAUGGGAAGAAAUACCAUCUUCUAAGGUUCUCGGGCUCAUUCUCUAAUAAGUUAAAAUAGGAUGCUACUUUAGUCCCUCCAGUGUAGGCAUUUCAUCACCCUUGCCCUGCCAGGAGCUUGUGACCUGGCCUCACACCAAGGAGACAGAAAAAAGACCUGCCUCUCAGCUUUUGGGGGAGAAGUGACUGGGAAUGCAGGAUCUUUUUGAUGUUAAUUAGAAGGCCCAGACUAGAACUGCCCACCAUGGAGUACAUCCUAGAGUUUUGUUUUGUUUUGUUUUUUUUAAGAUUUCAUUUAUUUGACAGAGAGAGACAGCGAGA